AUGCAGAGAGCUUCCCUGGCACCCAAGGCACGACCCCUGCCCCCGGGCGUGUAUACCCCCGUGGUAACACUGUAUAAGGCUGGUGACAAGUCGCAACCAGUUGACCAUGAUGCAAUGUACAAGCAGUGCCAGGCUCUGGUGCAGGCCGGUAUGCAUGGGCUAGUUUACCUCGGCACCAACGGAGAAUUAGCUCUCCUUACUCGAGACGAACGCAAGGCCAUCCUCGUAACGGCUGUCCGGGCUGUCAAAGACCUUGGGAAGCCUGACUACCCCAUCGUUGCAGGAAUAUCUGCACAGUCCACCUACGAGACCAUCAUCAAUGCCGAGGACGCCGCUGAGGCUGGUGCGUCUUUCACGCUGCUUCUGCCGCCAAGCUACUGGGCCAAGGCUCUCUCCUCAGCGGCUCUGAUAGCGUACUUCAAAGAGGUCGCGGAUAACUCCCCCAUCCCCAUCAUUGUCUACAACUUCCCAGCCGUCACGGGAGGCAUUGAUCUCGACUCGGAUCAACUCGCCACACUGGCAGACCACCCCAACAUCUCCGCCACGAAACUGACGUGCGGCAACGUGGGCAAGCUCACAAGACUGACGAGCAUCUUCAGCCCCGAGCAGUUUGGCGUGUACGGCGGAAGCAGUGACUAUCUCCUGCCGACGCUGCACGCCAGCGGAAGCGGCUGCGUCACGGGCAUGGGCAACAUCUUCCCCGGCUCCACCGCUGCUGUGUAUGAUCUCUGGAAGGAGGGCAAGCUCGAGCAGGCCAAGAAGCUGCAAGACCUGGUGGCAAAUGCUGAGUGGGCCUGCAAGAAGGGCAUUGCGAUAACCAAGUAUGGAGGCUGGUAUUUCCUAGGACGCAAUAUCGGGCUUGACCAGGAGGAGACUUGGGAGAUGAGGAGACCGUAUCAGCCCGUGAGUGAGGAGAUGAAGGCAUGGGCUGUCAAGACUCUGGGAGUUCUGGCAGAGGUUGAGAGCAAGCGUUCAUGGACCACGUGGUAG